UUCGUCCGCGUAGAUUAAUGACUUCUGACAGAAUUAAUCAGAAUCAAUUCAGUGCCCAAGUUUGAGUAAUAAAAACUAUUCUAUCGACUAUUGUUGUACCGAAUCUCUCUAGAAUAAAAAGAUUUAUACAAACUCUCAUUCCCUAUUUUAUCCCCUUAGGGGUGGAAUUUAUCAAAAUCCUUUCUAAGGAGAUACCUAUGUCAUAAUAUCCAUCUGCACGCCGAAUUUCAACCCGAUCGGUGUAAAACUGACAAAGCUUCAUACAAACGUUCAUCCCCUACAUUACCCCAUUGGAGGUGGAAAUAAUCAAAAUCCUUACUUGGGGAUGCCUACGUCAUAACAUCUACCUGCAUGCCGAAUUUCAUCUGCAUCGGUGUAAAACUGACAAAGGUUCAUAUACACUUUCACCCCCUAUUUUACCCCCUUAGGGGUGGAAAUGAUCAAAAUCCUUUCUCAGCGGAUGCCUGUGUGAUAACAUCUAUCUGCAUGUCAAAUUUCAAACCGACCGAUUUAAAACUGACAAAGUCUCAUACAAACUUUCAUCCCCUAUUUUACCCCCUUGGGGUGGAAAUUAUCAAAAUCCUUUCAAAGCGGAUGCUUACGUCAUAA